AUGAGUGCUUUGACAAUCGACAAGCCUCGAAUUCGAGACUCGAAGUUUGUGAAGUCCUAUUUUUGUUUGUCAGUGGUGGGCAUAUGCAUAUCGUUGUUUCUUGUGUGUGUCUAUCCUUACACAUAUGAUCAUGAAAACACCUCUACGGCAGAAGCAAAGCUUGGCCAGAUAGGAUGGCGUACAAGUCUUGUUCAGCUAAUUGCUGAUGUACCCAAACUUCUGGCUGAUAUGGCGACAAUCUCAUAUUCUUCCUUACUUAUGUUAAAGAUGAUGGUAGUGCGUUCUUCGGCAAAAAAGAUUACUCUGAUUGUGGAAUAUGAUUUGGAGUCGAAGUCCAAUGGAAUGAAGGAUAAGGUUGUUGAUGUGAAAGAGGAAUUUCCUACUUGGUCAGCUUUUAUGGCCGCGGGUGGUCCCUUAGCAGCUUUGGUGUUUAUUAGUGAUUAUACAUCAAUAGUAGGUAAAGAGACCGGCUGGAGUUUUCAAUAG